UCAAGUAGUGUAAUUGGCCUUGCUAUAAUCAUUUAAAUUAUUUUAUUCAAAAACUCAUUUCAUUACUAGUUCCAGUUCAACGAGGUCUCGAAAACUAAAUGGCUUUUAAUUCAGCUCCGCAUCGCAAAGCGAAGCCAACCCGCUUGAAGAAUCCUUUGGUGAUCCCUACGUAUCAACAACAGGGAACCGAUUGUGGGCUGGCCAAGGAGAAAGUUCCUAAAAUGGGUUCCAAACGGGGUACCAGAAACGGGGCACUAUCCAAGGCGCAGGCACCAGAACCAACUUCCAAGGAUACCAUUCACGAUAUGACCAGGAUAAAUAACCACAUUGAUCUGGCUCAGGCCUCCAAAAAUCCGAUCAGAGCUGCUGGAGGAGGAAAUGCUCAAGUGGCUCCGAGGUACCAAAGCGCGGGUAAUGUGGGCAGCCAGCCAUUAAACACUGUUCGAUCGUCAGUCCCAAGAAGCAGCCAUCCAAAACCGAGUCCCAAGGAGACAAGGGAUUGUAAGGAAACCAAAGAACUCGUCUUCAAGGAUCCCAAGGAGAUGCGAGCUCCCAAGGAACCCAAGAGUUUUAGGCAUUUUAAAGAGCCCAAAGACCAGAAGGAAACCAAGGAGUCUAAGGAACCGAUGGAAUCCAAGGAUCAGAAGGCUAAGGGAGCCGAUAAAUCGCCCAAUAUUACCCAUCGUACUGCCCGCCACAACACCAAUCGCACCAAGAACUACUUCGACAAGUAUCUGAAGUUCGCCUUUGAUCUGAGCACUCCCGAAGGUGUUCAAAAACUGGAUGCUCACUUUUUUCCGGACCCCACCGCCUCUGGCAGCGCCACCGUCAAUAGGGAGGAGUAAUACUAUUGUGAACUUGUAUAAUAUGAAUAAUUUCGUGCCCAAAUUUACAGUACUUCUUGAGUUCAUCUUCAAUUUCAGCGAUUUAUUCAUUUGAAAUUAUUGUGAUUGCAAAAUGUUUAAUUAGUAAAUAAUAAUAUAAUUCGGUCGAUUUCUCAGCUUACUUUAAAUUAGAAAA